CGGUUGGGGCCCGGUCCACAUACCGCGAUCUUAAAAUGGCGAGUCGGGGUACAGUCUCCGGGAGAUAGAGGCAUCGGAUGGGAGACUGAUCUUCCAAGUUCCCUGCGCUUCUGAGUCUUGGCGCUCCUCUCGCCAGGCGGCACACGCUCCCGACCCGGCCUCUGCAGUGGCGCAGGCGCGGAGAGCUUUCUUCCCAGAGUAGCCCGGAGGCGUGGCGACUUCUGAGUCUAGUGAGGAAGAGGGAAGUGGCGUCCGCGGAGGCCAGAGCCGCGUGAAGUGUCCUUGGGGAGAAGAUCCAUUCAUUGGUUUUGUACCAAACCUGACAAGGCCUCAGUUGUCAAAGGUGGCACCAGGAGGAUGUCACAAAUAGGAGAAAAACUGUUCCAAGAGCAAAUGAUGAUGAGACAUCUGAAGGUGAACGCACGCUCAUACCCACACAUGGAGUCUUUGUGGGAGACUAAGGAGUCUGUGAAAGAGAGCUCCAGUCAGAGUAAGAAAUUCAGUCCACACAUGGACAGUCUUGGUCUUGAGAGUGCUCGCCAGCAAUUCCGGAGUUUCUGUUACCAUAAAGCACCUGGACCCCUCGAGGCUGUCAACCAACUUCAGGAAUUAUGCCAUCAGUGGCUAAAGCCAGAGAUCCACUCAAAAGAACAGAUCUUGGAACUACUGGUGCUAGAGCAGUUCCUAAUCAUUCUGCCCAGGGAUAUUCAGAACUGGGUACAGAAGUAUCAUCCACAGAGCAUCAAAGAGGCUGUGGCCCUAGUGGAACGCUUUCAGAGAGAACCUGGUGGAAUAAGUAAUGAGGUCACAGUCCAUGACCUGGGAAAGGAGGCAGUGCUCUUGGGAGGAACAGCAGAGGUCCCAGGCUUUAAGUGGAAGCCAGCAGAGCCCCAAGCAAUGGGUGUGUUCCAGAAAGAAUGUUGGAAUGCAUACCAGGUACUACAAGAACAGCUGGGCUCGAAAACUCCCACAGAAACACAGCCUGUAUAUGAAAGAGCCGUGCCUGCUCAACAGAUUCUAGCCUUUUCUGAGCAGAAAAGCACCCCAAACUGGAAGAUGGCAACUGAGCUCGUCUUGUCUGAAUCCCAGAGUUUGUUGACAUUUGAAGAUGUGGCUGUGCAUUUUUCUGAAGAAGAAUGGAAAUUACUGGCCCCUACUCAGAAGGCCCUCUACAAUGAAGUAAUGCAGGAAAAUUAUGAGACUGUCAUCUCUCUAGGGUUAAAGCUCAAAGAUGACACUGGAAAUGACCCACCUAUAUCUACUUCUACAUUAGAAAUACAAACAUCAGGAUGCAAAGUAUUAAGAAAGGCCAGAAUGAAAGUUGCCCAGAAAACAACAGACAAAGAAAAUCAUGGUGGUACACAUAAGGUACGGAAACGGCCUCGAGCUUUUCUGGUGAAGAAGAGAAAGAAACUUUCAACUUGUAAACAAGAGCUUCCAAAACAUAUGGAUCUUCACGGGAAAGGCCAUGCAGGAGAGAAACCUUUUAAAUGUCAGGAAUGUGGGAAAGGCUUCAGAGUCAGCUCUGACCUAAUUAAGCAUCAGAGAAUUCACACUGAAGAGAAACCCUAUAAAUGUCAACAGUGUGAUAAGAGGUUUAGAUGGAGUUCAGAUUUAAAUAAGCACUUAAUGGCACACCAAGGAAUAAAACCAUAUAGAUGCUCAUGGUGUGGGAAAAGCUUUAGCCAUAACACAAAUCUACACACACACCUAAGAAUUCACACAGGAGAGAAGCCCUUUAAAUGUCAUGAAUGUGGAAAGAGAUUCAUUCAGAACUCACACCUUAUUAAACACCAAAGAACCCACACAGGUGAGCAGCCUUAUUCCUGUAGCAUAUGUAGGAGAAACUUCAGCAGGCGGUCAAGCCUUCUUAGACACCAAAAGCUCCAUGGGAGAAGGGAAUCAUGUCCAGAAUCUCCAGUCUGAAGAAAGUCACCAUAUGGAGCUUGACUCUAGAGGCAAUAAAAGAUUACAAAGUCAUGAGGCACCUAGGAUUCUAUCAUUAACAGAAAAUUUGGGAGGGGUACAUGUCAUGCUUCACAUAAAGGAAUCUAAGUUGUCUCUCUUAUUCAGCAUUGUGUCUUUAGUGCCUAGCACAAGACUGAUAACAUAAUGGGUACUUUUUAAAUAAAAGAAUGAAAAUAUAGCAAUCAUAUGUCUCUAGUUAUCUAUCUAUCUAUCUAUCUAUCUAUCUAUCUAUCUAUCACCUUCCCAACCCUAUGUGAUUUAAAUUCUUCAGGUAGGUAUCAGGUCCUCAGCUAAUGUAUCAUUCUCAGGAGAGGUGGAAAGUAAGAAUAUUCAGGUUCUCUGAAGGGAGCUCAGAGAGUAUUACUACGUUAGACUUCCUAGGGCUAUUAUUCUUUGUGGAUGAACAACCAAGCCCAUGGCUCAGGGAACUUUAUUCUGGAACAGUAAGAGAGGAUUCACUGUUUGCCCUGGGAGAAGUACACCCAUUCUAGUUGCUUCUCCCAUGAACACUACUGCAAUGUUUUCUGUCAAGGAAUGUCAAGUCAUAUGUGAAGGCCUGAUAUCAACACAGAACUUGGGACCUUGUAAGCACUUGAUAUAUCUCCUCCUGCUGAUCCUUUCAACACUGAGGUAUAUAGUGUAAUGGUGAAGGAGGCAGUCUGGGCCUUCAUUCAGUUAUCUUCGAAAGCACAAAGCAGUGGUUAAUGGUCUUUAUUUACUUUAACUUUGUGGACUGGAGGCUUUCAAAUUGGUGCCACACUGCUCCAGGGCCUAAAGGGAGGCCCAUUAUUAUAGCUGUUCAACACAACCCCAUACACUUGGGUGCUCUGAUGAAAAUCUUGAGAUUUUGUAAACUGUGAAAUGCAAGGAGAGCCCUGUGACCUAACCUCAAUGCACAUAUCAGGAGGAAACAUCCAGAAGUGUCAGAGCAAAGUAAGGCCUGUGGCUUAGAAUGAUGGCCUCAGUGAGAGCUUGGUCAGAUGGAAACUGGUUUUUGACAUUGGCGGUUUCUCUUCCUUCCCAAUGGCCUCAGUGAUUAUCUUCUGAAAAGUAAUGUGAUGUCAAGGGAAGUUGGAAGACAUGGAUUUAUAUCUUCGUCCAGUCCUUGUUUAAGAUGUUGACCAAGGCUUCUAUGUAUUGAUUCAUAAAAUUGUACCUUUUUAUGAAAGUGG